UAAGGAGGGGGAAACGAGGGAGUGAUGCUGGCUGAAUCGCCCAGCCCUCCUCCGAGCAGGACGGGGUGCACCUCUCUUCCUCUCUGCUCAGAGCUGCUUUCUCUCAGCCCUCAGCCAUUUUGGAAAGGAAAAAAGUGGCUGCUUUCUCUCUCCCUCUCUCAUUACGUGGCAUAGCAUUGGAGACGUUUCGGCUGUUGCACUUUGGAAAUAAUCUGUUUGCAGGACAAAAAAAACCAAAAAAAACUGAGAGGCAACCAAAAACCUGUAUCCAUCGUGACUUUUUUUUUUUUCUUUAUUUACGGAGCUCCUCUCCUCUCUAGAGUUUUCUUUAACAACUUUCGCUCCACUUUUGUUGACAGAUCAUUUGGCUCUCGUCUCUGUUCAGUUAUAUCUUUUGCCCAUCCCUCAGACUAAUUUUGUGUAACAGAAUUUAAGACAAAGGGAUAUGUCCAGAUUUUGGCAGCACUAAGAAAAGACAGAGCUGAAGCCAAGGAUCCUGCUGGGAUCCAAAAAAGCCAAGCAGAAUGAAGCAUCAAAAAAAGAAAAAAAGAAAGGAAGAAAAAAAGAAAACACCACCCUUUCCUUUGCUUGGUCACAAAUUCCACUUUCUCUGUAGCCAGCCCUGCGCUGCGCCUCCUCCUCAUCCACAUCUCACCGCAUUCAACCUUUUGCCAUUUCUCUCUUGCCGUACCAUUUUUUUUCAAAGGCGAUUUGAGGUUUUGUACCCUGGAAAAUAGGGACCGGACAGCGGGUUAUGAGGGCGUAACUGGGAGUGAACGAGGGAAUAUUAUCAAUUCACUUUCGGGUGUUAUUUAGAUUUUUUUUUUUUACCUCGUUACUUUCUCUGAAUCGUUGCUUUGCUGCCUGUAGUUUUUUUGGCCAUUUGUGUCUUACUGUAAGGGUGUGCAUGGACCACCACGUGUUUGGUUUUUGUUAUUUACGCCAAAGCACCGGCCUGCACUGCUCCUCAAGCCUGACUUCAUCUGAUUUUAGAGGACAUUUGACCAUCAGGUCCAGCCUGUGUCCCCUGCUGGUUGCCUGCAACACACAGCAAUUAGACCAUAAACUGACUCUCCACACAACAUUGAGACGGAUACCAUCUGUUUCUGUGGAAACAACACUCUCCUCAACCAGGAAGGACGUCAUCUUCCAUAUUUUUGUGAUGCCCUCUUCAAAGAGCUCCACUCACUGGACUUUGUUGGAGUUAUUCGGCCAGCGGAGGCUCUUGGGUUUCGGCGCCAUACUGGCAUGGCUCAUCCUGUUCCAUCUGCUGGUGAAUGUGUGGCUGCUCUGCAUCUUCACCAGCCUUCUGGUGGUUCUUGGUGGUUGGCUCGGCUCCCGAGCUGCCCUGGAUGCUAACAGUUUCCUACAUCUGGAACAUUUUUUACCCCUGGGGAAAGUUAACCCUCCUCUAUGUUCCCCUGAGCACGAGUGGAGGCUGGACCAUGAGAUCCACUGUGCGGUCCACAAGGCAGUACGUGACUUUGUGUCUUCGUGGUACCGCACCCUGCUUCCUGAGGUGGAAGGAGAGUUUGAACGAGCUGUGCGUCACUCAAUGCUGGAGUCGGUGAUGGAGCUGAAGGAGCGUGCGCGGCGAGUGGACAGGAAAGCUCUGGUUCAGCGGCUCUUAGAGCUGUAUGGCUGUCACCUGCAGAGCUACAUGACUGUGAGGCAGAUCCAGUCGGCGCAAAAGGAGAGCAGUGGCCAGUGGCAGCUCUACAGUAAAGUCGAGUCUCCUCAUCCAGCUGUGAGCAGCUCCACUGCUGAGCUCAACUACACCCGAGCGUUGGUUAAACUUGUGUUGCAUGUUCUCGUCCCAUACCCUCAGAUGGAAACUAGGACCGGGGGUUACAUGGUGACAGAGCUCAUCACCUGCAAUGUGCUGUUGCCAUUGAUAAGCCGGGUUUCCGAUCCCGACUGGCUCAAUCAGACCAUUGUGGACAUAUUCACCAAAACCAGAGAAUCACAGGAUAUUAGCGUGGAUGACCCCUCUGUCGGCGCACUGUAUAAAGGUCAUGGACGUGAGGAGUCGUGGACUACUUGCAAGUCGCUGUCUAUCUCCGAUCAGACCGAUUUCAGCUCCAAAAACACCUCUGUUGAUUUAGAUGAGCCUCAGAGCCAGAGUGCGAACUCUGGGACAGACUUGUCUCAAAGCAGGCUGGUCAGCCUCACGUCUACCAGCCGCACAUCCAGCUACCAACCAGGCUUAAACACACCGUCCAAGGUGAACUGCUGCUCACUCACAUCAGGCCAGUAUAAACAGUCAUCAGAGACCAAAACCGUUUCUGCAGACCCACUUCUCCAUUCGGACUCAGAUGAUGACCUGACAGCAAGUGCUUGCGACUGCGCUCCCACCACCAACCUCUGUAACCUUCUCCCUGUAAAUGAUGAAGAAGCCUGCGGUUGUUUUCAACCUCUGAGAAAUUUUGGAUCGAAGGUGGUUGAGCCCAAAGACUCCCAGUGGCCAGCUGGCAUUGCUCAGGACAAAUCCCCAGUUUGUCCCCCCAAAAAGCUUUGCCUGACCUCGUACAGCUUUGAUCUGUCCAGGGGCCCGACUACGACGCCAUUCAGAGUCCAGAACGUUCACAUUUCUGGCACAGUCAAUGUGAAGGAGCAGAGGAGCGCUGGCACACAUCCCUACACACUCUACACUCUCAAGUUUGAGACGGUGGCUGAUGGCGACUGCACAGGUGCUGCACCACCGGCAGUCUGUCACACCGUUAACCGCAGAUACAGCGAGUUCCUCAACCUGCAAGCACGCUUGGAGGAGAAGCCAGAGCUCAAGAAACUAAUCCGAAAUGUCAAAGGCCCAAAGAAAAUAUUUCCUGACCUUCCUUUUGGCAGCCAGGACGGCGAGAAGGUUGAAGCUCGUAAAAGCCAGCUGGAUACCUUCCUGAAGCAAUUAAACAGUACUCCUGAGACAGCUAACAGUGAAGACAUGCAGGAGUUCCUGGCUAUCAACUCAGAUGUUUGCACGUAUUUUGGAAGAAAGCCCUUAACAAAGUCAAGAAUUGAUAAGAUGAUGGAAAAUGCUUUAGAUACUCUGAGGACAGCAUUCCCUCAUCCUGAGCUUUUCAGUCCAACCGAGGACAUUGAGGGUGAUACUGACGGAAGAACAAUGGACUACAGAAAGUACAGGAGGCUUUUCCCAAGUAAAGUUUCUCAGUCGCUCAAUAUUCCAGAUCUCCAUCCUAAAGUGACAUACUGCUUCAGUGAAGGCAGCUCUGUGCUCAAUGGCAUGUCACUGUGUGGCUUGGAGAACUUCGUCAGAGAGCAGGAAAGACUUAUUGGUGGACCAAACAUGACAGAAACAGUCAAGCCGAGCUACGAGCUGAAAGCUAAAGACAAGAAGAUAUCAGGGAAAACUCAUGGGACAGACACAGCUGUGGCAGAUGUUGCUUUGAACAUUUUGUGCCUGCUGAUGAAGGAUCAUUGGAGCUGGCUCUGCACAGAGAACAUCCAGAAGGCCAUCAGACUUCUCUUUGGCACCUUCAUUGAAAGAUGGCUGGACAUAGGCGCUGCCCACCUAACCAGCGCCCCCUGCUGGGUGAUUUACCUCCAGGUCUUGCAAGAAGCUGUGUGGCCAGGUGGGACGCUGCCUGCUCAACCUCGGCCUGAACGAAGUGUUGCUGAAAAAAAGGAAACUAAGGAGCAAUGUCUGAACUGCCUAAUGCAGCUGCUUCCUGAGUUAAUAGCUGAUAUGUUGGGAAGCGAGAAGUACAGACUGAGCUUGGAGACCAUGCUGGAGUCUUUACAGGACUAUCAGAUAAACAAGCAUUUGAUCUACAGCAUCUGUGACCUGCUGCUGGAGUUUCUGAUCCCUGAGUCCAGCGAUGUGACCUUUCAGAGAUCUCUGCUGCAGAGCCUGACUAAAGACACAGAGAGAAACAGUCUUCAUAUGUGAUAAACAUCUGGGACACACAGAGAAAUGUAGCCAUUUGAUGCUCAAUGCACAUUAUAGUUGUCUGAUGAAUAUAAUAUGGUCAUAAAGUCUAUCGUAUACAAUCGCUGUGGAGUCAUGGUGCAGCAGGUAUUACUGCAGAGGAUAAUGAAAUGUAAAUAUGCAGUGAUAUAAAGACAGAACACACAAGAAAUGCUUUCAGACAAUAGAUCAAAAGGAAGAAAUAAUCUCAUUUGUAGAUUUACCUCACUUAAUCUGCAAGUUUAGCCACAUUGUGAAUACUUGAAAAGUUUGAUAAAUACAAAACUGUGCUCUUUU